AGCUGACCCCUGUCUGUUAUGGAUUUUGUUCCUGUCUGUUUUAAGGCUCCCCUAAGAUACUGUCCUUUAUUAAAGUCAAAAGUUCCUAUAGAGACCUAUUGUAUAUUUUCAUCAUUCCCUGGUAUAAGAAUUCCAUUUUUCAGAUAUUUACAACAAACAGGUAAACUUGAAAAAAACCUAGAUGUUUAGAGGGAGGAAGAAGUUUCUGAUAUUUAGAAUAAUAGGAACCCAUAUGGGUGCACAUACAAAGCAAAUGUACACAGUGCAUUCUAUCACUGGUCAGAAGCACAUGGUAGUAACUUCUCAAACUUGCAAUUAUAAAUAACAGGAAAUACCAGAAUCUUCAAGACAAACAGAUAAAAACAAACAAGGUUAACAAACUAGUUUUUCCUGGUAUCUGCCACCUGCCAACGAAUGGAUUUUUAUUGAAAGCCACCUGAAAACUUUAGACAAUAAAAAAAAAGAAGAAAUAAAUAAAUAAAGAAAGAAAGAAAGAAAGAAAGAAAGAACAAAGAAAGAAAGAAAGAAAGAAAGAAAGAAAGAAAGAAAGAAAGAAAGAAAGAAGAAAGAAAGAAAAAGAAAGAAAGCCAACCACCUGGCAGAAAUCACCACCGAUGGUCAGAGAACCAAAAUCUUACAUCACUGACGCCAGAGGGGAAGAAUAUUGAAUAAAUGCAAAUCUGAAAAUGACUUGGCUUGUAAGAGCCAAAAACUUAAUCACUAUCUGUACCACUUACCAGAUGAGCCAGGGAAGGUGAGCUGUGGACCUGCGGGAUCUAAGCUGGGACAAGGUGCCCCUUCAUGCUGCAUACUUUGAUGGUACUACAGUCUGUAUAUACCCACAGAACCCAGAAGUGGCUUUUUUGUGUGUGUUGACAACCAAAAUGGUUUCACAUGAUCCUCCAAAUGAUGGUGUUUGCCCUUUAAUAUGUUGGCAAGUGUGCUGCUAAUUUAGAAUGUCCUGAUUUUAAAAGAAUACUUGUUUUACUAGGGGAAGAGAGCAAGGAGGAGUUGUUGUCUAAUGGGUAUUGAAUUUCAGUUUUGCAAGAUGAAGAAGUUCUGGAGAUUGGUUGCAUAGCAAUGUGAAUAUAUUUAGUACUACUGAACUGUACACUUGGAAAUGGUUAGGAUGGUAAAUUUUAUGUAAUGUGCUGUGUUUUUUACCACAAUACAAAAAUUUGCUUUAAAAAUAUUAUUACAUAUAUAAAACCUGAUAAUUAUGGAAAAAUCAGAACAUACAGGCAAGCAAACAUAAAAAUCACCCAUGAUCCUACAGCUAAGGUUAACAUUUUUUUUGCAUAAAUGCAUAAAUUCCAUAUGAAUAUGCUAUUUUGUAACCUUUUUCAGCGUUUACAUGAUUUGUAACCAUCUGUUAAGUUCUAUGUUCUUAAUUAAAAAUCCAAAGGAGUAGGAUAUUUCACACUUCUAUGAACUCUAAGGCCUUAAACAGAAGUGAAACUCUACGUGUAGGGGUGCAUAUCCUUCCAUUGAUGCUUCUUUCUUUAUAUCAUGUGUCCUCUGGAGAAGUAAAUUCUUCUCCACUCCUGAUCUGUCAGUCAGCUCUGCUAACAUCUUUCAGUAGUUCCUUUUAUUUUUUAAUGUAUUUUUAUUGAUUUUAGAGAGGAAGGGAGAGGGAGAGAGAGAUAGAAGCAUCAAUGAUGAGAGAGAAUCAUUGAUCAGCUGCAUCCUGCACACGCCACACUGGGGGUUGAGCCAGCAACCCGGGCAUGUGCCCUGAUUGGGAAUGGAACCGUGACCCCCUGAUUCAUAGGUCGAUGCUCAACCACUGGGUCACGCCGGCUGGGCAGUAGUUCCUUUUGCAUAUGCCCACACCUACAGAGGCUUCUGGUGCUUGUGUGAACUGGUGAAUCUGUGUCCCCGGGUCCUCUCGGUCACGUGUCUAUCCACUGGGAUCAUGUAAACAUACCUUCAAGCAAGGUUAACGAUUAAAUUGUUGGGAUGAAAGGUCAGGAGAAUUGCCUUGAGUUGUAACAUCAGAAUGGGAGAUGACACAUCACUACUCACCUUCCACCUUCUCUGAGCAAAAGAGUGAAUAAGAAACAGCAGUGAUCCAGGAGUCUUCAUUUCGAAAGAGCUCCAGGAAUCAUGCUGGAGAAGUUCUGCAACUCUACUUUUUGGAAUUCCUCAUUGCUGGAUAGCCCGGAGGCAGACCUGCCACUUUGCUUUGAACAAACUGUUCUGGUAUGGAUUCCCUUGGGCUUCCUUUGGCUCCUGGCCCCUUGGCAACUUCUCCAUGUGUACAGAUCCAGGAACAACAAAUCUUCUAUAACCAAACUCUACCUUGCGAAGCAGGUGCUUGUUGGGCUUCUUCUUAUUCUAGCAGCCAUAGAGCUGGCCUUUGUACUCAUAGAAGACUCUGGACAAGGCACGGUCCCUCCCGUUAGAUAUACCAAUCCAAGCCUCUACCUGGGCACAUGGCUCCUGGUUUUGCUGAUCCAACACAGCAGGCGCUGGUGUGUGCAGAAGGACUCUUGGUUCCUGUCCCUCUUCUGGGUUCUCUCAAUACUCUGUGGCACUUUCCAGUUACAGACUCUGAUCCGGAUGCUUUUAAAGGGCAACAACUCCAGUCUAGCCUACUCCUGCCUGUUCUUCAUCUUCUAUGCAUUCCAGAUCCUGAUCCUGGUCCUUUCAGCAUUUUCAGAAAAAGGCUCGUCAGAUAAUCCAUCACUCACGGCUUCAUUUCUGAGUAAAAUUACCUUUAGUUGGUAUGACAGCAUUGUUCUGAAAGGCUACAAGCAGCCUCUGACGCUCGAAGAUGUCUGGGAUGUGGAUGAACAGAGUAAAACCAAGGUGCUAGUCAGCAAAUUUGAAACACACAUGGCCGGGGAGCUGCCGAAGGCCAGGCGGGCACUGCGGAGACGGCAGCAGAAAGCCCAGAGGAACUCUGGAACCAAGCAGCACGGGCUGAAUAAGAACCAGAGUCAAAGCCAAGAUGUCCUUGUCCUGGAAGAGGCUAAAAAGAAAAAGAAGAAGUCUGGGACCGCAGAAGACUUUCCUAAGUCCUGGUUGGUCAAGACCCUCUUCAAAACCUUCUAUGGCAUACUCCUGAAGUCAUUCCUGCUGAAGCUGGUGUACGACGCGCUCACGUUUCUGAACCCACAGCUGCUGAAAUUGCUGAUCUCCUUCGCAAAUGACCGUGACGCCUAUGUGUGGAUUGGGUAUCUCUAUUCAAUCCUUUUCUUCGUUGUGGCCCUCGUCCAGUCUUUCUGCCUUCAGUAUUACUUUCAAUUGUGCUUCACGCUGGGCGUAAAUGUACGGACAACCAUCAUGGCCUCCGUAUAUAAAAAGGCACUGAACCUAUCCAACCGGGCGAGGAAGCAGUACACCGUUGGGGAAACAGUGAACCUGAUGUCUGUGGAUGCCCAGAAGCUCAUGGACGUGACCAGCUUCAUCCACCUGCUGUGGUCAAAUGUUCUACAGAUUGUGUUAUCCAUCUACUUCCUAUGGAUAGAGCUGGGACCCUCAGUAUUAGCGGGUGUUGGGGUGAUGUUGCUCCUAAUCCCAGUUAAUGGGGUAAUCGCCACCAAGAAUAAGGCUAUUCAGGCAAAAAAUAUGAAUAAGAAAGACAAACGUUUGAAGAUCAUGAAUGAGAUUCUCAAUGGAAUCAAGAUCCUGAAAUAUUUUGCCUGGGAACCUUCAUUCAAAAACCAAGUCAAUGACAUUCGGAAGAAAGAGCUCAAGAAUCUGCUCACCUUUGGGCAGAUGCAGUCGAUGAUAAUGUUCCUCUUAUACUUAACUCCAGUCCUGGUAUCUGUCAUCACAUUUUCAGUUUAUGUCCUGGUGGACAGCAAUAAUAUUUUGGAUGCAAAAAAGGCCUUCACCUCCAUCACCCUCUUCAAUAUCCUACGCUUCCCCCUGGGUAUGUUUCCCAUGAUGAUCUCCUCGCUGCUCCAGGCCAGUGUUUCCUUGGAACGGCUGGAGAAGUACUUGGGAGGGGAUGACUUGGACACAUCUGCCAUUCGACAUGACUCUCACUUUGACAAAGUUGUGCAGUUUUCUGAGGCCUCCUUUACCUGGGACCAGGAGACGGAAGUCACAAUUCGAGAUGUGAACCUGGACAUCAUGCCGGGCCAGUUGGUGGCUGUGGUGGGCACUGUGGGCUCUGGGAAAUCCUCCUUGAUGUCAGCCAUGCUGGGAGAAAUGGAAAAUGUCCAUGGGCACAUCAACAUCAAGGGCACGAUAGCCUAUGUCCCACAGCAGUCCUGGAUCCAGAAUGGCACCAUAAAGGACAACAUCCUUUUUGGAUCAGAAUUCGAUGAAAAGAGAUACCAGCAAGUUCUAGAGGCCUGUGCCCUCCUCCAAGACUUGAAAGUGCUGCCUGGGGGAGACCUGGCUGAGAUUGGAGAGAAGGGUAUAAAUCUCAGUGGGGGUCAGAAGCAGCGCAUCAGCCUGGCCAGAGCUGCCUAUCAAAAUGCAGAUAUCUAUAUUCUGGAUGACCCCCUGUCGGCCGUGGAUGCUCACGUGGGAAAACACAUUUUCGAUAAGGUCUUGGGUCCCAAUGGCCUAUUGAAAAGCAAGACUCGACUCCUGGUUACACAUAGCAUUCACUUUCUUCCCCAAGUGGAUGAGAUUGUGGUUCUGGAGAAUGGCACCAUCUCAGAGAAGGGGUCUUACCGUGCUCUGCUAGCCAAGAAAGGACUGUUUGCUAAGAACCUGAAGACAUUUGUAAAGCAGGCGGGUCCUGAAGGAGAAGCCACAGUCAAUGAGGACAGUGGAGAAGAAGAUGACUACGGGCUGAUGACCAGUGUGGAGGAAGUCCCUCAGGAUGUGGCAUCCUUUACUAUGAACAGAGAAAACAGCCUUCAUCGAACACUUAGCCGCAGAUCUAGGUCUAGUAGCAGGCGUCUGAAGACCCUGAAAAACUCCUUGAGAACUCAGAAUGUGAAUACCCCGAAAGAGGAGAAAGAACUAGUGAAAGGACAAAAAUUAAUUGAGAAGGAAUUCAUACAAACUGGAAAGGUCAAGUUCUCCAUCUACCUGAAAUACCUACAAGCAGUAGGAUGGUGUUCAAUUUUCUUCAUCGUCUUUGCCUAUGUAACCAGUUUUGUGGCUUUGAUUGGAUCCAAUCUCUGGCUCAGUGUUUGGACCAGUGACUCUAAAACCUUCAAUGCCUCCAACUACCCAGCCUCUCAGAGGGAUAUGAGAAUUGGCGUCUAUGGAGCUCUGGGAUUAACACAAGGUAUAUUUGUGCUCGUAGCAAAUAUCUUCAGUGUCUAUGGUUUCACGCAUGCAUCAAACAUCCUGCACAAGCAACUGCUGAACAAUAUCCUUCGAGCACCCAUGAGUUUUUUUGACACAACACCCAUAGGCCGGAUUGUGAACAGGUUUGCUGGAGAUAUUUCCACCGUGGAUGACACACUCCCCGUGUCCUUGCGCAGCUGGAUUCUGUGCUUCCUGGGGAUCGUGAGCACCCUGUUCAUGAUCUGCUUGGCCACUCCAGCCUUCAUCAUCAUCAUCAUUCCUCUCGGCAUAAUCUAUGUGUCUGUUCAGAUAUUUUAUGUGGCCACUUCCCGCCAGCUGAGGCGUUUGGACUCAGUCACCAGGUCCCCACUCUACUCUUUCUUCAGUGAGACUGUGUCGGGUUUGCCUGUCAUCCGUGCAUUUCAGCACCAGCACCGAUUUCUAAAACACAGUGAGGAGUUGAUUGACACUAACCAGAAAUGUGUCUAUUCCUGGAUUAUCUCCAACAGGUGGCUUGCAGUUCGUCUGGAGCUGGUUGGAAACCUGAUUGUCUUCUUUUCAUCCCUGAUGAUAGUUAUUUUCAAAAUUAACCUAAGCGGGGAAGUUGUGGGCUUUGUUCUGUCCAAUGCACUCAAUAUCACACAAACCUUAAACUGGCUAGUGAGGAUGACGUCAGAAGUCGAGACCAACAUUGUGGCUGUUGAGCGAAUAAAUGAGUACAUAAAUGUGGAAAAUGAGGCACCCUGGGUGACUGAGAAGAGGCCCCCAGCAGGUUGGCCGAGCAAAGGGGAGAUUCAGUUUAACAACUACCAAGUACGGUACCGGCCUGAGCUGGAUCUGGUGCUGAAAGGGAUCACUUGUGACAUCAGGAGCCAGGAGAAGAUUGGUGUGGUGGGCAGGACCGGAGCUGGGAAGUCGUCCCUGACAAACAGCCUCUUCAGAAUCCUAGAGGCUUCCGGUGGCCAGAUCAUCAUUGAUGGGGUAGAUAUUGCUUCCAUUGGGCUCCACGACCUCAGAGAGAAACUGACCAUCAUCCCCCAGGAUCCCGUCCUGUUCUCUGGAAGCCUGAGGGUGAAUCUAGACCCUUUCAACAGCUACUCAGAUGAGGAGGUUUGGAAGGCCCUGGAGCUGGUUCACCUCAAAUCCUUUGUGGCCAACCUGCAACUUGGCCUGUCCCACGAGCUGACAGAGGCUGGUGACAACCUAAGCAUUGGGCAGAAGCAGCUACUGUGCCUGGCCCGGGCUCUGCUUCGGAAAUCCAAGAUUCUGAUCAUGGAUGAGGCCACCGCUGCAGUAGAUCUAGAGACAGAUCAGCUCAUCCAGAUAACCAUCCGAAAGGAGUUCUCCCACUGCACGGCCAUCACCAUCGCCCACAGGCUGCACACCAUCAUGGACAGCGACAAGGUAAUGGUCCUAGACAACGGGAAGAUUGUCGAGUUUGGCAGCCCUGAAGAGCUGCUGGCAAAACCUGGCCCCUUUUAUUUUAUGGCCAAAGAAGCUGGCAUUGAGAAUGCGAACAGCACCGCCCUCUGACAGCAGGUCCCGUGGCUUAGAGAAGGACUAGAAGGAUCAUUCCUUAUUUAAUUUUAUUUUGGGGAACUGUACCACACAUUGAGGAGUGUGUAUAAAAUGUACAUUUUAAAGAAGGAUCAGAAGUGCAUACCCGUGUCCCCACUCCCCAGGUUAAGGAAAUGAGUAUCACCAGCUACAUCAGAAUCCUCCGAUGGCCCCUUUGCUAGCCUGCUGCCUACCCCAGAGAUACCACUAUCCUGAAUUUCAUAAUAAUUAUCCCCUCGUUUUCCAUUUUAGUUUUAUCACUUUGUAUGUAUCUUUAAACAAUGUGUAUGUACCUUUUAAGAAACAUAUACAACUUCUAAGAAACGUAUGCAAAUGGCCUGA